GAUAGCGGAGCAAACGAACGCCGCGAGUCCGGUAGGCAACCACACAAACGUCUCUUCGUCGUCCACACGUGGCAACGUCGCCGCUUAUUUGUUUGGUUCUUAGCGCAAGCACGGGCCCAUCUAGCCGGGCAACGAGCAGGAAAUCGUCGGGUUUUGCUCUCUUUUUGUUUUUGUUUCACCUCUGUGCGAUCUCGUAGUGGUUUGGUGGCCGGUGAUAAUUAUGCGACCGACACAAAGAGUUCGUUCUUCGCGCGUCUCGCUUUCCGAUCAGGUAGAUUUCAUUUAUGAAAAUGGUCCUUUGUUGAAUUGAUAAGAGUGCGCCAGUUUUCGCGACUUAACCGCGGACAACGGUUAUUAUUUUUUUCUGUUAAAGACUCUCGACCAAGCCGAUUCGCCGAUUCCUGAAGAAAACUGUCGGUGCCGUGUUGAGUUUUUGCCGGAUCGAUUCACCACUGAUAUGGCUGUGACGAUAUAUCCAAACGUGAAGCUCAGCUGUUCCGCAGAUACUGGGCUGAACGGAGACACUGGCGAGAAAAAAAUGGACGCGAUGUCAGACUACCACGCGCAGGGACGUCGGGCGGCGCAGGAAGCGCCGCGAUGGGCGAGGGCAAGGGCUUGCUGGACGUCGGCACGAUGGUGGCCGGCAUCAAGGCGUCGCACUCCGACUCGAGCGGUCGGAGCACACCCAUCGGCGGUCAGGUGGGCAACGGAAACGGUAACGACCCAGCCCCCGGGAAACUCUUCGUCGGCGGGUUGAGCUGGCAAACGUCCAGCGAAAAGCUGAAAGAGUACUUCGGAAUGUUCGGCAACGUGACCGACGUUCUCAUCAUGAAAGAUCCCGUCACGCAGAGAAGCCGCGGUUUCGGGUUCAUCACGUUCUCGGACCCGUCGAGCGUCGAAAACGUGCUAAAAGUGCCCAUACACACCCUGGACGGGAAAAAGAUCGAUCCGAAACACGCGACGCCCAAAAACAGGCCCAAGCAGCCCAACAAGACGAAGAAAAUCUUCGUGGGCGGCGUCAGCCAGGACACGUCCGCCGACGAGGUCAAAGCUUACUUCAGCCAAUUCGGGAAGGUCGAAGAGACGGUGAUGCUGAUGGACCAGCAGACCAAGCGACAUCGGGGUUUCGGAUUCGUCACAUUCGAGAACGAAGACGUGGUGGAUCGCGUGUGCGAAAUCCAUUUCCACACCAUUAAGAACAAAAAGGUGGAAUGCAAAAAGGCGCAGCCCAAGGAGACGGUACAGGCGAAUGCCCAGCUGUUGGGCAAAAGACUGAUGCUGACCAGUUUGGGAAUGAGGAUGGCGGCGCCGGUGGCGGGCGCGGUGGCGGCGGUGAAUCCGUUGGCGGCCGUCCAGCCGCUGACGCCGGUACAGGCAGCUGCGGCGGCGGCGGCGGCCGCACAGGCCCAAUCGGCAGCGGUGGCCGGAUACGGAAAACUGUUCGGGGCGUAUCCCCAUCUCGCAAGUUACAGAUACGCGCCUUAUCCAAUUUCUGCGGUAAGUGCCGGCAUAGGGGCGGCGGCGGCCGCCGCGUCCGGCGGUAAUCCGAACCCCGCGCCGGGGGCGGGCGCUCCCGCCCCGGCCAUGGCGGCCCCCCAGGUCGCGCACAGCCCCUACCAAGGCUACAACCUGACCAACGUGGACAUGUCGAGUUUCCAGGGAGUGGACUGGGGCUCCAUGUACGGCGUCGGCAUGUACGUUUGAACUACCCACCCCGUUUGCUCACACCGUUCCGAACUUCAAUAUUUUACCGGAGACAUUAUCAAAAAAAAAAAAGCUGUGGUCCUACCGAACUUGACGAGUAUUUCAAACACACACACACACACACACGAGAUUACAGGACGUGUGCCUACUAUUACUAUUACUACUUAAUAAUUAUUUUAAAUGUGAUACGAAAUAGGAUUAUCUAUCGGUCGUUUUACGCGACUAUGUACGGAAGGAAUCUCACUUUUGCGACAGUGCCGCCGCCGUCAGGCAUUUAGCAAUAACUCGCAAUAAAUCAGUAUUAUGUUAAUAUUGGCGUCUCUCACUUUCGGCAAUAAAACGGCGCGAACCGUUCACUUCGUCGGGUUGUGUUUCGAUGUACUUAAAAAAAAACAUUUUCAACAAAAAACAAAAAAGACAAGGAAGAACCAAAGUAACUCGUUACUGAUUGUAGCUUGACGACUGACAGCGUUUCAAUCCUCGAGACAUAUCUGUUCGAUGUGUCGCUCAUCCCAUUUAGUAUUCUAUGAUUUACUUAAGUCUUAUUAUUAUUAAUUUUAGGGUUAGUAGUAAGUAAUUAUCAAUUAUCGCAGGACGUGAUACACCCGUUUGCCAUUAUUUUUACUGUUUCUAUGCUCGGAAAUAUCGAAUGAUAUCGACCCCAAAACAUAAUUUUCUGUCGUUUGACCGAUCUCAUAAUAUAGUUGAUAAGCGUAGGCAGCUGCCGUUCGACUCUCAAAAAUUGUACGGCACCACCGAUGCCCCGCAUUCCUUCAAAGAAACAGUAUAUAUAGUGUACUCAUUGUAAAUAUAAAGUAUUAUUAUAAUUAAGUACUUAGGAAUAGAGCAGCUCUGCCCUCACUUGCCUUUGGCAGUUUUCCUUUCCAAUAAAAAAAAACACUCAACCGUGAAUCAGCGAUUCGGUUGUCCGCUAGGCUCGUCAGUAAAAAAAAAUGGAACAAAUAAAUAACCCUUUGAAUAAUUAGUGGUCUUAACGAGGCCCUACAGAAAACACUCCAAUCCACCAUUUCUCGUGUCGUAUUUUUUUUACUGAUGUUGGUUGCGUGAGACGUCGAAACGCCCGCUAAAACGCAUUGUCGUUCCUCUAACGCUUCGUAAUCGAAAAGACAUUUUCUUUUAAAAUCGAGACAUUCCAUUCGAAUAACAAGAGACGACGUGUCAAUUUCAUUUCUAUAUGCAGGGUGUUUCAUAAUAAGAUGCUAAUCCUGAGUUUAACUCCUCCGAUGAUUUUAAGUUUAUAUCAAUGUAGGUCCGCUUUACUUUUGAUAUACAGGGUGUGGUAAUAAAAACAACGGUUUUACGUCAUUUUCAUCGAAACUGCGUUAGAUAAUUGGUGGAAAUUUGAUAGAGGCGCAAAAUGCACGGAAACUUUUUUUAAUCUUAUAAUCUUUAAUACCGCGUUUAAAGCAAAAAAUCAAAAAGAAAUAAAAAUCUUAUGUAAUCAUUAGAAUCAAAUUAGAAGUUAAAAAAUCGUAAUUUAUUGUUACUAAUAUCAUGGAGUCGUGGAAAAGAACUUUUUUUCAAGGUUGCGUUGUAAAUUUUUCUUUAGUUAUUUAGUUAUAGUUAUGAAAUCCUGGAUAUUUUUGGGUUGGCCAGUUUUUAAAAUCAUAAGUGUACAGCGAUAUGCACACAAAUGCUUUUUCAUAUAUUUUUUUAAUGUAAUUUAUUUUAGAAAAUUACAUCGGCGUGAGUAAGUUCAUUCGAAAAAAAUUGUGGGCUCAGUGAGAAUGGGGCAAAAAUCCAUUUUUUUUUUACUAUUUUCACGCCCUCUCUAUAUAAGGAGCGAUUGCGGACCUGCCUUGAUAUAAACUUUUUUAUCUUAAAAUCAUCCAAGGAAUCGCACCGUCAAGAAUCUUAUUACGAAACACCUUGUAUAAAAUGGGGGUUUUACGAAUACAUAUUCAAGGACAGGAAUUACGGAUAUGAACUAUAAAAUAUAUGUGAUCUGUAGCCUGACUGUGUCGGUGACGUGGCGAAACAGGGCGAUUAGAGCGACACCCUCUCCCUACCCCCUACCCCACUACUGACCUCACACCCCUUGGCAAUACUUGGUUAUUUCAAAGCAAUGGGCGGAAUCCGCCCCUGGCGUCGCCACGUCACCCAAUAACGCUAGUGUUAAAGUAUUUAUAACGUUUUUUAUACCUUAAGGGCUUAGUUUAGGCACUAGUUUUAGGUUGGCGGGUGGGGAGGGCGCCGCGCUCCCAUACUCCCGCAUAUUGUUGUUGUUCCGCUCGGCAGUGCCAAACCGUUUACUAUAAAUGGGCGGCGGAGCGGCGCGCGCAACUCCCCCCACCCCGUAUUCAUUAUUAUAUAAACCCAGUUGAGAAGCAAUAAGAGUUGUGAACGCGGCAGAACGAACCCUCUAUUUUUUAUAACAAAACGCGUUAAGUCUUAAGAUGUAAACCUGUAAAUACUUGGACGGGAGUUUUCUCAGUGAGAGAGGGUCGCGUUGGUUGGUAACACGUUUCCAAAUAGAACCGCAUAGGUCGGCAAACACACGAGCAACUACUAGGCGACUAAGGUACACUAUCCGAUGACUAAUUUGUCACACUCACACACUUAAACACACAUACACUAGGCGUUCUUAGACGUUGUACUUCGUAAUAAGCGUUUCUGUAGUUAAAUGGACAACUAUACGGUUUUCAUGAUAGUUACUUAGCGAUUUAGUGGAUGUAGAAUGUAUUAUCCGUGUGUAGCUAAGUAGUACGCCUACCGAUGUCGCAGUUGCACUUGUAGUAGAGCAGUUACGAAUAAAGUAGUUUCAUUAAAGUAGAAGUUACUGCUUGAUCAAUCCCUAUUAAUACGCUUUUCAAGUUUGUUGUUUUCUUUCGUUUGGUUCUUCGAGUCGAAGUGAAAAACGCGAAAUUCCGGACAGCGUUUUUUUCUUUUUUUUUUUAAACGAUACGAGCUAUGUUUGAAAAUUAGCUGUACAAUAAUGUCGUAGUCUAGUCUAACCACCAUUUACUGUGAUAAAUCUGGUCACUCACACUGCACGGUCUGUGUCUGUAGCUGUCUCCCGUGCCUUAUCAUCGUGACGAAAUGGCGGAGAGAACAAUAAAAAAAAAGAAACCCCACAACCGAAGAAACAGGAGCGUCUCGCCUCGUAGUAAAUACUUGUAAAGUGCAUGGUCUGUUUUUAGGUAGGUAGAUGAUGUGUUCCGAUCGAUCUCGUUCAGAGAGUCGUACGCGAGGUUUUAUACAUAGCGUUGUUGGUAGUUGGUGUUCCUGAUUUUUGGCUUUACGAAGGGCAUGACGAAGGUAAUGCGUGAGCCGGUUGCAAUGUUAAUGUUUGAGGGGAGUACGACCCCAACCUAAAAAAUUUUUGGCGAUUGUGAUACUAACUUUGACAAUACAAUACUAAAUUCAAUCGCUUAAUUUGCCAUUUGAUAUGUUCGUGUGCCGCCAGAGGUUUAUUGUAAGUAUUCCUCUAGUUACUAACUAGGCUGGAAAAAAAAGUACCAGCGGAAUUGCCUGCUGUUACGUACAGAAUGCAACCGAAACUGAGAAAACUAUUUUUUCUAAGCAAUGGAACGACCAAGGUUCUGUAUUUAACAGAGAUCUUACAUAAAAAAGGGACCCUCAUCAUUAUGAGAACCAAGACCAUUCUAUAUAUUGAAAAUGCCUUUUUGUCUUCCAAGUAAAAUUGAUCCGCAAGUGAUCUAUCAAUUUUGAACAAUAAAAAAAUUACCUGAAAUAGUUAACGUAGCGAAACUUUUAUAAAAUAAAGCGUAGACGCCCCGUAGUAGCGAUUUUUUUUUUGCUUAUAAUCGAUCAUAUCAGAGGUAUAUUUGAAGAUUACUCGCCGCGUUUUGUAAAUAAACUGUAUCAAAAAAUGAAAAAUUAUCGAGCGUAGUUACCUCUAUAUCGAGAACGAUACAUUCCGAGGAAAGAACUGUAACCAAUGUACAAAA